GUGGCAGCAGCCGAUACUUCCGGUGGGCGGGAUGGACGCCGACGGACUCCCGCUAGUGGGAUCGGGGAUUGACCUGACCCGGGUUCCAGCCAUCCAGCAGAAGAGGACGGUGGCAUUUCUCAACCAGUUUAUUGCACACACUGUCCGGUUUUUGAAUCGGUUUUCAACAGUCUGUGAAGAGAAACUGGCCAAUCUUUCUUUACGUAUCCAGCAAAUUGAAACAACACUCAAUAUUCUGGAGGCAAAGCUUUCGUCAAUACCUGGUCUGGAAGACGUCAAAGUAGAGAAGACAAACCAGGAUCAGAGUUUUGCAAACGGCCCAACCUCCGUGACAGCAACAAAGCAGCAUCAGCCAUCCCCUCCUGAGGUCCAACAAAACAUUGAAUCUACAACCCAAAGCAAAGCAGAUUCGCUGACAGAAAAUGCUGUUACUGUAGCCAAAGACCCUCGAUAUGCAAGAUACCUGAAGAUGGUGCAAGUGGGUGUUCCUGUUAUGGCCAUAAGGAACAAAAUGAUUUCUGAUGGGCUCGACCCAGACCUGUUGGAGACUCCAGAUGCCCCUGUUCCCGAUGGGGUUAAAGAGGAUGAGGGAGACAGCUCUGGCAGCGAGUCUUCAUUCAGUGAUUGAAAACAGACUUCAGACAUUUCAGUUCGAAAACUGGAGAAUACGGAGCACUGAUACUUGUGCCGGGGUGCAUAUUUUUUUGAUGGAUGGGGCGUGGAAAAGGAUUGCAUUAGUGUGUGCCGCCUCCAUCACUGUGUGUGAAUACACUUGGUGUGCAAGACUAUAACUACAUCUCUGGCACGAGUCCAUCCAUAGCUUAAAUCUAAGUUUUGCGACUGUUCGAAUGCAGAGCUGCACUUUUAUUUGUACAAAAAAUUAUAAUCUCCUUUCUACCAUAUUUAAGCUGUAAAGUUAAAGAUUUUAGUGAGCAAAUCAGUACUGUUGUCUAGGCACUAAAAGCGGUUGGGGGAGGGCUGAUAAUGCCAUAAGAUUUAUUUUCCCAGACAUUGUGCAUAAUUUGUUCAGCUUGAUCUUGGAAAAAUAAUGAAAAAUAAUUCAGUCCCCAUCUUAAGGAUUUACAUUCUGUCCUCAACACAAAAUGAUUUUGUUCAUAUUCUAUUCUGUCCAGACACAAAAGCCCUCAUCUGAUGCCUAAAGCCUGAACUGUGAAGUGUGGACUUGUGCAGAUAUGAAGAAGCUGCAUGAUUGUCUAUAAUAUUUUGUUAACCUGUCAUUUGGGUGACUCACUGAGACAGGUGCUUCUUUUCCCCCUUACGCUGCUUCAUUUUAACUACUCAGCUGGUACCGGGAGCUUGAUACCUGACUAGCUGGUGUUAGAUGAGAAUUGUUUUUCACCACGCUGCCUCUCAGCCCGUACCCCCACAUUCUCUCUCCCCCCCCCCCCACCACCCCACCCGGCCAUCAUCAUCAUUUUCGAAUGGUGAGUUUGAAUUUGACAGGGUGCGUCAGAUGCUUAACUUUCUGUAUCGGUCCCAUGAGGCUAUUCCGUUUGAGCUGCUGCAGCAUUCCAUUCUUUCAAAGUGUUCUGAGUUAGUGCCAUUCCUUAAAGCUGAUGCAAGGUCUGAUUCUGAACAACAUUGAUUAACAUUCCUGCUGCAGGAACUGUGCUGAAGAGUGUGUAACCUUCACCAAAUUUGAGCUAAUUUUAAUAUGAAUUCAUAACUCACUAUUGCUUCAAAGGAAUCCUUUCAUAUUUAUGGUCCUGUUAUUGUUAAACCCUUAAUUGUUGAACAGUUACAUUUUCAAAUCUUGGGUUUUUUUUGUGCAUCCAAGUUAAACUAUCCUGAACUUUAGAUUUUCCUGGGGAAUCUUUGUUUGCCUAACCUGUGAACAUUGCAAACAACACUAGUCAAUCGCUUUAGUCAUUGCACACACGGAGUCAAGGUCAAGUUGGUCUUCAGCUGAAAGGGUGGGGCAAGGUCAGAAAAUAAUUCAGUCCUCACCUUAAAGAUUUACACUCUCUCCUCAGCACUAAUAAUGGGGAUUGUAACAUAAACUUGUCGCAUUGUAAUUAUACCCUCUUGUCUGUGGUGGCACUCCACCAAUCGUGACCACAAGAGCAGAAAGCUGGACUGGAAGGGAGUGUGGGUCAGAUAAUCAGUACAACAUGUUGGUAAUCCUAUCUCCAACUCCCACUCUAUUCAAACAUAGCUCAUCGCUAGCAAUGUGGAACCUAUAGGUUUUCCCUUUACAUCUCUAAUUCAGCUAAGUUUCUCAUGAAAUGUAUUAAUAAGAAAAAGAAAGAGCAUGCAUUUAUAUAGCACCUUGCAUGACCCCAAGCACUUUACAUGUCAAUGAAGGGCUUACAUAGUUUACAGCCUCCCGUAACAGACAAGACAUCUUUAUUAUGCAAUUACCAGUGUUCAGUCACAUCAUUCACUGAAUAAAGUAUAGGUUGGAUGUUUGUUCAAUGUAAUGGUGUCACCUGACGGGUAGAAAAUGAGACUGGAGAGAAUGAGGGCACUAACCUGGAGUAGAGAGGCUGGAUCCCAAGCCAGCCCAGGAGCUGACAUAUCGCUAGAGUUUUGUUGCUGUGGUUCUUGUAUCUGACUGUCACAUGGACAUUAAUACCACAUGAUUUUAGCAAGCCAGCUGGCUCACUUAAGUAAUAUAGCAACAUUUUUUUGUAAGCAGAUGGCUUGCGCAAAUGUGUGUGCAUGAUGAAUGAUUCAGUUCCUUCAUAACAGUAAGAGUACACAUUAUCUACACUGCAGCCGUGACUACACUUUAAAAGCACUUCAUUGACUGUAAAGUUCUUUGGGAUGCCCUGAGGUCAUGAAAAGUGCUAUAUAAAUGCAAGUUCUUUUUCUUUCUUUCAGGAGACCAUUUGGCCCACGGCAGCUCUCUAAUGCCAUUUCCCUGCAUCAUUUUUAUAUUCUUCCUCCCUUUGAAUGCUGUGCACUAAUUGACUCAAAAGUAGCUAGUUGCACUGGUUUUCAUGAGCUCUUAAUAACCUUAUAAAACGAAGUGUGAUGCAUGGAAAGUUGGAAGAUCGGUUAAGUUUUCCAGCAUAAGUUGGCCCUGUGUAUGUGAACAGGGUGCCCUUUCAAACCCACUCUGGAUAUUAACCAGGCAGUUCUGUGAUUCACAGGAAGGAGUUGAGAAAUUUGGAAAUCCCUGCAGGUAAACUAGAUUUCUCUUCAGUUUUAUCCAGUCAUAUCACUUCAGUUUGAGUUAAGUAGUUAACUAAAAUUCUUAUUAUUAUUAUUGCUCAGGUCUGUAACCUCCAGAAUUGUUCCUUCAUUAAUAAUUCAGUAUUUAUUUGUACACUGAAAAUAAAGCAAUAAUCUUG